AUGCGCUGGCUGCACCCGUCGGCGCUUCGCCGACUGCGACUGCUUCUCGCUGACUGGUUGCGGCAGCGUGUCCCAUGUGAGCGCACUGUUUUACUUAAUUCCAUUCGUGAGCCGCUGGAAGUUGUCGUACUGAAUGGUAGUGAAGUUAUUCAGCGACUCGUCGAUCAUCGCCAUGAUCCGGUCGAUACACACAUCCUCCGAGAGGUUGAGCAUGAAACGCUCCCUGAGCAUAUCCAUGGUGUAGGCCGUUCCGGCAGCGAAGCACGGCAUCUUGUAGGCGCCGGUCAUCAUUUCGACCAGCAACACGAUACGGUCCAUGUAUUUCCGGGACUCCAGCAGCCCGCGGAUGACCAGAGUCUUGAAGUACUCGAAGUUGUCCGCUGUGUCACCGCCCAUCACGUCAACGUACUCCUUGGUGAGCUUGAACGGCGAAGUCUCGAAGCUUAUGUUGCCGGGCGUGUUGGAGAGGCAGAACCCGUAGUCGAUAUGGAUGACGUGUCCCUCGCUGUCGAGCAGUAUAUUGCCGUUAUGUCUGUCCCUGAUCUGCAGCAGGUAGGACACUACGGAAUACGCUGCGUGGCUCUCGAUGAAAUUCUUGCGGGCCUCGAAGAUGUUGUCGGCAAAGAUGCGCUCAAACGCCUUGGCAAUCGAUUCCACGUUGAAUUUGCGCUUCACGACGUCCACAGAGCACGUGUCGUGCAAGAACUCUAUGAUACCGCAAUUCGGCCCGGUUACUAG